AACCAACGCGAGUUCCCAUUGUAGCGACGACAUCUGACUACCAGGAGAGCACCUGACGUUUUCCAGCCCUCCCAUCAGAGCUACAUCUACUUAACAUACUUUGGCUCAUCCUCUCUGAUCUUUAACUAAUUUAGUAAAGCUUCCAUGUGCCGAUCGGGCUAAUUACACCAAAACCAGAACCAAUCAUCGCAUCAGGUGCUGAAAGCUCUCAAGGGAACGAGAAGAGCUAUUUCGAGAAUAUCGAACCAAACGAAAUAAAACAAUUUGUCCUAAUAUUACAAACACGAACCGUCGCCUCACCUUCGAGUCCAUGAAUCCUUAGAAAUGUUCUUCUCGAUUGACCUGCGACGGUAGUAUGAAGGCGAUCCUUCCAGGCCAGCCCGAAGCUAGUCUUCAAGCUGUGUCGACGGGUUAUUGGGACGGCAAGCGCGUCAUCGUUUAUAUAACCGGGAAUGCCCUCGCGAUCCUCUCCGACCCCGAAACCAUCCUCCAAACCAUAUACGACGAUGACGAACAUAAACUCGAGGCAGUCUCCUUUGAUGAGUCCUCUGGAAAGAUAGCUGCUUGUACGGAUGCUACUGUGAGGAUAUAUAGACCUCUGAGCCAUGGCGAUGAUGGAGGCUCGCCUAAGUGGGCGUUACAAACAUGUUUCGAAGUUAGUCGAGGUUCAACACCCUUAACGCUAUCAUGGGGAAGCUCCGAAGAGCUCCUCAUCGGACGAUCCUCUCUAUGGCUCUACGACACGACUUCUACACCUGCCUCUUGUCAUUGGCAACAGGAAUUAGCUAGUCCCGUGAAAGCUGCGAACCUCUCUUAUGACUCGGCGUACAUCGCAUCCAUCGGAUAUCACGAUCGCCUCGUAAAAGUAUGGCGGAGAUUAAAUUUCGGCUCCGAAGAAGUUCAUUUCGAUUUUACAUACUUGCCACACCCCCGAGCCGUUACAGGCAUACAAUGGCGCAAGCCAUUCCACGUGGACCAGACGAUGGAAAAUGUUCUCUAUACGUUUUGCGUCGAUAAUAUUAUGCGAGUCUGGACUGGCGCGGACGGUUCCGGCUGCCAAUCAUUGCGCCAAUGGGGUAAGUUGGACCUAGCGGCUGCGAUACGGAAUGAACAUGAGACAGUGAAGCACAACAUGCGAUGGGCCUUCAUCCUUGGCCAACGAGAUCUUGCCAACGCCGCCGAAAGAGCUGUACAAGAACGAAGUGAUGGGCAAGAAAAGGACGAUGUCGCGUUACAGUACUUAUUAUCUAUCGCAAACAGAGAUACUGAAAUUUGCGUCGUCUUUGAUGGACGAGGGAGUAUGUCAUCGUGGGCCUUAGAGAAUAUAAGUAGCAAAUCCCGAGGCGUCGAAAAUGUGGAUAAUGUUGCAUUUGUCAAGUCAAAAGACUUUGAUUUCCUCGGAUCGUCAUCCGGGGAAUCACACGUCGAGAUUCUCAGCUAUUGCAAUAAGAACGCUGGGAAUUUGCAUAUGCUAUUUCACCAUUUUAAUGGAAAGGUGGAAGUGUUUGAGAGCAACAUAGCGGAUUUUCUCGACCCGACUUCUCACGCAAAGAACCGCUUAAUCCCUCGCGCAAGCUGGUCUGGACAUUCGGCUUCGAUCAAGAAAAUUGUGCGUAAUUUCAGCGGCCGCGCGAUCGUAUCAAGGACUGAACAAGGUGAAAGUAUUGUCUGGCGGCAUGCCACUGGCCCAUCACGAACAAGACUGUUACGCCAUAAUGUCAUUCCAGAGAAGCGACAUAUACAUCGAAUAUGUUUAAUCAGAGGCGGCAGAUUUGUUGUUUUCCUACAUCAUGGCAGCAUCUCCGUCUGGGAUUGCGCUUCUUCGACUCAUACACUACUUGCUGAGUGUAAAUAUCAAGUCCAUGGCAAGCCUCUUUGCAUCCUUGUGUUACCUCGUGAGCGAGCCGAUGAUGAUUCCGUCGCACACAUCGCAACUGUUACGUCGGAGCAGCAGGGAAUAGUUUGGGAACUUCAUUUACCCUUGAAGAAUGCUACUGCUCCCAAGACACAUAUCAACGGUCAUGAAAGUAGCCUUCGAGAAUUCUGCACAUUCAAGCUGCAAGAUGCUGGAGACCUUGCUUAUGUUUUACCAGUUGACCCUGCAGGUUCCUCGCCUGUGAUAUCGGGUUUCUUGGACGUUUUUGCCCGCGACGUUGCGGUGUCGUAUACACAUGGCGGAUGUGUUGAGUUUUGGACCGCAAGAGUGUCCCGAGAACGAACUCGGGUGGAGUGGCUUUCAACGUCCUCGAUGGAGACAGGUGUGUCGGAACCCGCGUUAGUCAGCGGUAGUACAAUGAAAAAAGCCGCCCUUGUGAACAAGGAUCGAUCGGAAUUAACCAUUUGGGAUAUUCGAGGUGCUCGAUUGGAGUACAAGCAAGAUUUUGAGAAUAAUAAUACAGUACAGGAUCUUGAUUGGACUUCUACGCCAGACUCGCAGUCGAUCUUGGCUGUUGGCUUCCCGUAUCGUAUUAUUUUACUCUCGCAAAUGCGCUUCGACUAUUUGAAUAAAGGACCUGCUUGGGCGCCCAUUCGCGAAAUCAGUAUUCGAGAUUUCACACCUCAUCCGAUUGGUGAUUCAACCUGGCUUAGCGACGGCAAUUUGAUCAUUGGUGCAGGUAAUCAACUAUUCUUAUAUGACCGGACAUUCGAGACUACCGACCGACUCAUCUCAAGCGCACGCGUGCCUCACCGUAAAGAUGGUACUAGAGAUUUAUUUGAUGUCAUUCAAAGAUUGAAUGGUCCGUUGCCAGUUUUCCAUCCUCAAUUUCUUAGCCAGUGUAUAUUAGCGGGAAAGCAUACUGUGGUCCGACGCAUACUAUUGGCCUUGCACCAUACUCUACGGUUCCAUGUAGAAGGAGACGCGAUAGAUGAUUAUCUAGGUCUUGACCUAGCUGAGUUCUAUAUUGGCAAGAUCGCGUCAAUGUCUACCAACGGAAACGGCUCGUAUCUCGUUUCUCAGGCAUCAUUUGAUGAUGGUGAAGAGGCUUUUACAGAAGAAAUCGCUCUAUCUAUCUGCGAAAACCUUCAAAAAGUAACUGUGCCGCAACUAUCGGGGCAUGAGCAGAUCCAGUUGCUUGACAUCGUUGAAUGUUCUGGAGUGGUCGAAAAACAACGGCGCUCAAUGGACGAGAACGGGUCUAGAUUUAUGUUAUUCUUCCGACAACAUGCGCUAAGAAAGGGAAGGACUAAUGAAAUCCACAUGUCGUGGAGGGAAAUUAAUUGGGCCUAUCAUUCCACCAGCCAGGAUAUACUGACUGAUUUCGUGUCACGUCAGUACCAUGGUACUAUGUUGUGGGAAAAUGCAAGGGAAAGCGGCAUGUUUAUGUGGCUUACGGAUGAAGCCGCAGUAAAAACCCAAUUCGAAAUUGUAGCUCGUAAUGAGUACACGAAGAGUGAAGUGAAGAACCCUGUGGAUUGCAGUCUUUUUUACCUUGCCUUGAAGAAAAAGACCGUCCUUCAAGGCCUAUGGCGAAUGGCAAGUUGGAAUAGAGAGCAAGGAGCAACGCAGCGAUUACUUGCAAACAAUUUCGAUGACCCUAAAUGGAAAACGACGGCAUUGAAGAAUGCCUAUGCUCUUCUUAGCAAGCGUCGUUUCGAAUACGCUGCUGCUUUUUUCCUCCUUGCAGACCACCUACAAGAUGCCGUGAAUGUUUGUCUCAGCCAGAUCAAGGAUCUCCAACUUGCUAUCGCUAUCACUAGAGUGUAUGAAGGUGAUAAUGGACCAACAUUAAAGAAGCUACUUGAGAACGAAGUCCUCGCUGUCGCAGCCCAAGAAGGUAAUCGAUGGCUCGCAUCAUGGGCUUUCUGGAUGCUGAAACGGAGGGAUAUGUCGGUUCGAGCCCUAAUUACACCUGUUUACACGCUACUCGAGACACCAGUUUCCUCAGACAACCUAAAAGCAAAAUCUUUCUUAACAGAUGACCCAGCAUUAGUUGUAUUAUAUUCGCAACUUCGACAAAAGACUUUACAGACCCUUCAUGGGGCAUCAAAAGUGACGCCAAGAACAGAGUGGGAAUUCGUUUUACAUAAUGCUAGACUCUAUGACCGUAUGGGUUGCGAUCUAUUGGGUCUUGAUCUGGUCCGCAACUGGGAAUUUCUUCGACACACAUCCCCAACUAUUGCCUCGAAUAUCGGCGGAGACGUAGACCCUAGGAGCCUGCUCCGACGCCGGAGUUCUUUAGUCGUGCAAGACAUGCCUGUCUCAGCGGUCGUUCCGGGCGACAUGAAGACGGGAGGUCAUGGCGUCAAGCCACCGCCAAGCGUUUUCGAGGAGCCGGAUGCGAAUUCGUUGCUUGAUAGCUUUGGGUUUUAA